AUGCUUUUGGACCGCGUAAAAAUAGUACAGAGCGCUCAUGAACCCAAUGUUCAAAACCAGCAGAGCCUCCAAUUCCAGAACCAUGGCAAAUCUGGGCGAAUCCAUGGCACUCAAUCCCCCGCAAAGAUACUUGAACUUCCCACCGAGUUGCUGUAUGAUGUCCUAGAUUAUUCAUCUACGGAGGAUUUGGUUUCAUUCGCAUUUUGUCGAUGGGAUCUAUUUCAAGCUCUGAUUGGUGUCCUUGAAAGCAAGGCAAGACCAUCAUUACAGAAUCUUGGCCAUCUCCCGAUCUACGCCAGAUCCGAACAGCCGAUACUGAGAGACCUGAGGACACUUGUGGAAUUAUUUGAGGAUAGCCAUUGGCCUAAAGAGCACCUCCGAGGUAUCAUCCUAGAGUCUGCUAGACGUGACCAACCAACCCUGCACAGUUGUGUUGAUCUGGGAUUUGAAGAAGUGGCUUGUCGGUAUUUGCGAAUAAGACCUCACGCACUAUUCGAUUUGAACUUUCUGCACAUGACAGCUUUACACAUCUCUAUCCUUAGACGUGCUCACACCGUGGUCCAGGAAAUUGAAAUUAUAGCUCAAAACAUGCCUGAGAUUGAUCAGGUGGAAUAUUUUGAUCGGCAUGACGAUCUCCAAAACACUCCACUCUACUAUGCUAUCACGACCUCGUCUCCGGAUAUUGCAAGUAUGCUUAUUAGUGCUGGGUCUAUAAUCGACUUUAGAGAUAUCCUAGGGUAUACUCCGCUCAUGACUGCGUGUUAUCUCGGACGAGACGAAGUCGUACACUGCCUGGUUGAUCACGGAGCUGACAUGCAAGCCACAAACAACUCCAACCUCUCGGUCUUGGAAUGCAUAGUGAUUGGUGAAAGCCGAACGAAGGAAACACUGUUGCAGCGCAUAUGCCCCUAUGCUACCCAAGCGCAACUGAACAGAGCACUUCGUCUUGCAGUCAACAAAAAGUCAGAGCUUGUGGGUAUUCUGCUCAGAUUUGGCGCAGACGGCCAAUACGCUAGUAUCCUAGAAGACGAUUCGUACGAUGCCGAAAGAAACGGGCCUUUAAGUUCAACGACACAUGGACCGGUUGAAGCAAGCAUGUCAUUGUCCCGACGUCAUUUAAAUCCAAGUAUCGCCAGUGACCUUGCGUCUGGGGAACCGGAUAUUCUCGCUGAUUUGAGCCCUAUCAUGCACAGUGAAGCCAGUACUGACGAUGGUGGAAUCGUGGACGGCUUUGGGACUUUUCGGCGAUCACCGAUAUAUAUCUUCCGGUAA